AGACCCCCGGGGAGUGGUUCUUUCCCCCGGCUCUACCUGCUGCUGCAGCGACCGGCGUUUUACUUUCCCUUUGAUUCCUUUAAGUUCCUGGCCGGCGGCCAACAAGCCAGAAGCUCGCGGGGCACAGGGACCUCGCCAGGCACUUUUAAGGAAAACUAUGCAGUCGCGUCCCGCGGAAUCAUGGCAACGGCCCCGGCCUUCCGGAGACAAUUAGGUAUUUUGUUAUUGGACGGCGCUGAUACGUGCGAGACCCUGACACCCGCGGGGGCACAAUGGGGUCUUUAUAGCUUCCCAGUUUGUAGUCGGUGCCGAUUCUGACAGAUCCAGUGGGUCCCCAUAGCAGCCGAGGGAUAAACACACUGAUAAAGGGGGAGAGAAGAGUUCGGAGGGAGGAGGGACUAGAACUAGAAAUGGGUUUUGUCUUUGAAGCUGCCAGAGGUUCUGUUUAACCCCGGGUAGAUCGGGGUCCCGGGGCAGAUGGAGGGGACUGAGGGCUGCACAUUGCCCUUACGGGGACGAGGGAAGUUACGGGGGGCUGCAGCACAACCCCCGCCGCCCUUGGAAGGGAAUCAGGUGCAGAGGCUGUCACGCUGCCCGAGUGAAAAAAACGCUCUCAUGGAGCCGGCGACCGGCCCAGACCCACAGCCAACAGGCUGCAGUCUCAACCCAGAGCCAGAGACUGCCGGAACCAAUGCUCCGAGGGCUCUACAGGGGCAGACUUGUGUUGAAGAGCUUCAAAGUCCGACAGAUCGUUCGGAAACAGAGGAGAUUGUUAUUAGAAUAUUGCUAGAGGAGGAGAAGGAAGAGCGGGAGGAUUUGAAACCAAUAGAGGAAAAGGAUAUUACAAAAGGCGCAAAGAUACGGGUUUUAAACUCUACAGAGAAGGAAGGAACCCAACUGAAACCUGCGGGGCCCAGAGCAGCCGGGGCAAAUCUACCCUCCUGUGAAAAUAAAAAUGGAGAGACAAAAACACAUGGAACGAUAUUAGAAGCUCAAAAGAACGAGGCAGGAAUGAGUCUGAGGAACCCAAGAGGAGAUCCGGGACAGAGAGGAGAAGGCGACGCGGAAACGUCUUCUGAGGGUAAAGACAAAGUAGCCACGAACUCCCCCGAGGGAAGGACACGGGAGAAAAGGAACAGUUUCACCCAAAUGGGGGCGAAUCAGAAGGAAAGUCUGGAGGAAGAAAUAAAAAGAAAAGACGCGGAGAUCAACACAAUCGGGAUGAAAGUGGAAGAGCAACGAUCCGUGUCCAUGGAUUUGCAGAGGAAGAACAAGGAAUAUCUAGCUCACAUCGAGGAGCUGGAGGAGGAGCUCGAGGCGGAAAGGAAUAUAAGAGCCAAGAUUGAAAAGCAGCGGUCGGACCUGGCCAACGAGGUGGACGAUCUCCACGACAAGCUUGAAGAGACUGCCGGAUUUGCCUCAUCCCAGGUUGAGAUUAACAAAAAACGUGAAGUGGAACUUGUGCGUUUACGGCAAGAACUGGAAGAAGCUUUGCUCCAGUCAGAAGGUACCGCUUCAGCGCUGAGGAAGAAACACGCCGCGUCAUUGGUCGAAGCAACGGAACAGCACGAGAGCAUGCAGAGGGCGCGGAUGAAGCUGGAAAAAGAAAAGCAGAAUUUGAAGGGGGAACUCGAGGAACUCGCAGCAACGGCGGAGAAUCUUCAGAAGGCAAAGACGAGCAGCGAUGCCCAGCUCCGGAAGAUGGAAGAUUUGCUUUCGGAAGCAAAUUAUAAAAACGAAGAGCUUCAAAAAUUGAUCACAGAUCAAAAUAAUUCCAAGAACAAGCUGUUCGUAGAAAACAGCGAUUUGAGCCACCAAGUGGAAGAACUGGAGAGCAGGAUUUCUCAGCUCAACAGGACAAAGCUGCUACUAGCAUCUCAAACUGAAGAUCUAAAAAAGCAACUUGAUGAGGAAACUAAGGCAAAGACUACAGCAUUGGGCAACCUGGGCAACCUCAAGCUUGAGUGCGAGUUGUUGAAAGAGCAGCUCGAGGAAGAGCUGGAGAGCAAAUCCGAGCUCCAGAGACAGAUAUCGAAACUGAACAGUGACAACACCCAUUGGAGAACGCGUUAUGAGAAUGAAGCAAUACACCGAACAGAGGAACUGGAAGAGACGAAGAAGAAGUUGACGGCACGCUUACAAGAAGCAGAAGAAGCAGUUGAGGCAACUCAGAUGAAAUGUUCUAAUUUGGAAAAAACAAAACAGAGGCUUCAGGGAGAGAUCGAAGAUGUCUGCAUGGAUCUUGAAAAGGCAAACACGGCCUCAGAGGCCCUGGACAAGAAACAGCGGAUGAUUGACAAGCAGAUAACUGAGUGGCGCCAAAAAUUUGAGGACGUUCACAGCAGCCUGGACGCGUCACAGAAGGAAUGCCGUCUUUACACUACAGAACUAUUCAAGAUUAAAACUGCUUUUGAGGAGACCCACGAGCAGGUCAUGGCCCUUAAAAGAGAGAAUAAGACACUGCAAGAAGAAAUUGCUGACCUGACUGAACAACUCAGAGACGCUGGGAAAAAUACCCUUGAACUUCAGAAAUCAAAGAAAAAAUCAGAAAUGGAGAAGGAAGAGAUGCAAGUGGCUUAUGAAGAAGCGGAGGCUGCUUUAGAGGUUGAAGAGGCCAAAGUAGUUCGACUUCAGCUCGAGAUCACACAGCUAAAAGCAGACAUUGACAGAAGAGUCCAAGAUAAAGAGGAGGAAUUAGAAGCGACCAGGAAGAACCAUCAACGCACUCUUGAAUCCUUACAGGCCAGCUUGGACACAGAAGUGAAAGGACGUGCUGAAGCCACAAGGCUAAAAAAAAAAUUAGAAAAUGAUAUUAAUGAACUGGAGAUACAACUAGAAAAUUCUAAUAAAAACACAGGAGAAUUGGUGAAGCUGGUGAAAAAACAACAGCAACAGCUGAAGGACCUGCAAACACAGAUGGAAGAAGAAGCCCAUCAACACGAACAAGAGAUUGAAGAGCGGAAUUUGCUUGAAAGGCGGAAUGGAGUGCUCGUAUCCGAACUGGAGGAAUUAAGGAACGCUGUGGAGGCAUCAGAUCGGUCCCAGAAGGCGCAGGAACAGGAGCUGAUGGAAAUAAGCGAGAAAUGCAAUGAGCUACAAAAUCAACUCCAGUGCAUAUCUCUUGCGAAAAAGAAGCAAGACGCCAACAUGCAGCAAGUAACUGCAGAGAACGAAGACUUAUUAAAUGAGCUACGGAAUGCUGAAGAAAGAGCUAAGAAAUCGGCAGCUGAGACUUCAAGAAUAGCAGAAGAACUGCACCAUGAACAAGACCUCACACAUCAUUUACAGAAGAUCAAGAAAGGACUAGAGAGUCAGAUUAGGGAACUAAAUGCCAAUAUUGAGGAAGCCGAACAGAUGACUUUAAAAGAUGGCAAAAAGUUAAUUCAGAAACUGGAGGGAAAGGUAAAAGAACUUGAGACAGAACUGGAACUUGAGCAGAAGAAACACGCAGAAACCACUAAGACUUUAAAAAAAUAUGAAAGGCGCAUGAAGGAGCUGGUCUUUCAGGCAGAGGAAGAUCAGAAGACCCAGCAACGAUCCCAAGAACUUGUUGAGAGGUUGCAGAGUAAACUGAAGACGUACAAGAGAAUGGCAGAAGAAGCGGAGGAACAAGCGAACCUGAACCUAAACAAAUAUAGAAAGACCAUAAAUGAACUUGAUGAUGCCGAAGAGCGAGCGGAUAUUGCCGAGGCUGCACUUUCUAAGAUCCGCACAAAGAACAGAGCUAGUUUUGGUAAAGGGUUCUCUUCAGGCUGCGCCUCCCCGUUGGCAAUCCUUGUCAGAUCCCCCAGCUUAACCGGUUUGGAUGGCCGGGUUGAGAAGAUGGAGGAGGAAACCACAUCACUAAUUCCUGCUUAUCUGGACUCAUUGAAGAAAUUAAUGGCAGAAUAGAUAGGAAUAAGGAGUGCUACAUCCAAAAAACAAACCCCGGGUUUCAUGCCUUAAGGAAAGUUUCAAAUUAAAUCAUUUGAACAUGUAAAUAUGCACAAAAUGCCAUACACAAUCAAGGAAAAUAGUUCACUUCCAUAAAGCUAUGGAAACCAAUCAUGCAGUUAGGGGUUCUUCAUGCUAUAGACUGCGGAUGACUGCACAAGUGGAACUUGCAUCCAACAGCAGCCACCCAUUAAAACUACUGGAAGGCACUCCUUCCCGCUGCAAAAUACCCCAAAUCGGUAGUAGAGAUACGCCGAAUUCAGGAUUCAGUUUGGGAUUUGGCUAAACCCUAGAAUUCUGCAGCAUUCACUGAAUCUCAGCAAGGGAACAAAGCAAAUUUCAGUUUACCAUUGAUACAAUUGUAGAUUUCUUUUAAAAUUCGAAUGAUAUAAAUUAGGAUUUGAAUUUAGGUUGGUGUUUGACUGAAACAAGAAACCUGCAGCAUCAACGAGCCAUAGGGAAAAGCAGAGAUUAUUCUAUUUAACUAGGUUUCCUGCUACGGGGAAAUACAAUAGAUCAUAUUAUCUCUAUUAAAUAAAUAAAAUGUUGAUUUGUUUUGUACAUUUCCCUUUGAUAAUUAAUUCCUAUCAUUUACCAAAAUCAGACAAACGAUUCAUUGAAAACACUAGAAAGUUUUGAUGUUAAUAUUUUUGUACUAGGGUUUUUUGAUGACAUUUCCAAAAUGGUUGUCGAUAAAAUGUUUUUUAAGGCACAGUUUACUUUUUUAAUAUACAUUAUUGUUAUUAUUAUAUUUACAGUCACUGUAAGAGAAUCAUUAGUAUAAGAUUUAACAGUGACAUGAUUGCUUAACGAGCAGAAACACAUGCAACUUUUAGUAGGAUUUAAAGCUGCCCAUACACAGUGAGAUCCACUCAUUAGACAAAGUCACACACAAUCCCGAUGUCCCCAUACCCACGCACUGGGUUAAGUCGGGCUGAUCCAAACACCCGCCCCGGCUACAUUAUAUUAAUUUCUCUACCAUUAAACGAAACAGGAUUUUUCUUUUGCCUUUUUACCGUUUAUAAGUUUGUAUUUUGUUUUCCACAGUUGUUGUUUCAUUCAUGAUUUUCAUAUUGUUCUAGAAGUAAUAAAAUCUCACAAUCUUUGCAUCACAA